GAAAUCAUAGAUUCAUACAAAACACAACGCGCGCCCAUGAGGCGAGACAGCGGUGCACAAGAGGUGAGCUGUGCGGUGGCUCUUCCUGUUGCACUUUACCCUGCACUGCUCCACCGCAAACUCCCCACGAAUGCCGGCACCACUAGUACUGCCGGUACGACCGGCGCCGUCGGCGGCGAGCACACCGGCGGACAUCCUCAAGAGGCGUGUGUGCCGGGGGUCAUCUUGGAAGUGCGGCAGCUGUGGCAGUCUACCUCCAACGGUGGACGCAAUUCUGUCAGCAUCGCUGCUGCCGAGGCCGCAGGACCUUCGCCAAGCUCGCCGGAAACAUCAGACGCCUUUCACCUCCCGACGAGUUCUUCCCCUGCGUUCUUAAAGAAAAACGACACGGCCUCUUCCGCUACAGAGAAGGACAGCUUGUACGCCUUUGUUCGUAUCAAAGACGCGGACCACCGUCUGAGUGGGUGGUUUCCGUUGCACCGGGUCUACGUGAAGCUCGACAGUGCUGUGUUAGCGUUUGGGGACAGUGCUGUCUCUCCACAUGACGCGUCCGUCGCCUCAGGCGUUUCAGAGGACGUAUCUGCGUCUGCCGCGGCACGCGGUCUUUCCGACGACUGGACCCCGCUCGCACGUGUGCUGCGCCGGCCGUGGCUCAGCGAUGUCUACGACGAAGUCACCCCUGGCAUGGCCCGCACCCAGCGUGCACACCGCCAGCUCGACUACCUCGAGGAACGACUCCUCCGUGACUGCCGGACACCGACGACGGUGCGCUACUUCGUCUAUCUGAACAACUAUGUCUUUGCACCGUGGUACUACGCCCCCUUCGGGUUGCUCAACAGCGAGUACGAUCCCACGCUGCCGUGCGGUGCGAGUGCGCAGCAGCAGAACCACGCCGCAAGUGCUGAUGGCGCGGUAGCCAAAUCGUGCAUACCGCAGCCGCAACCGUACAUCCGUGAUGCUUUUCUCUGCCCCUUCUCGCUCCGCAUCUUUUCCACUUUCGCGCAGCUGCACUAUGAGACGCGCUCCUACCGCGCAGGGCGGCUGCGACCGCCAGGUGAAGAAAUCUACCGCGAUGAACGGCGCGGUCUGUCGCUCUUCCGCAUCAACGGCAGCCAGCACGUCACCUACUGCAGGCAGCUCUUUCUCAUUGGUAAGUCCUUCUUAGAGAACAAGCUGGCUGGGCAUGAUGUGCACAGCUACUACUUCUACGUUGUCUGCCUGCACCAUCGCUACUUCCCGUCCUACGUGUCUGACGAGUCCGCCAUGUUCUUUGCGGGCUUCUUUACGUGGGAGAAGCAGGUGAUCGAGUACAACCUGGCCUGUAUUGCGACGCUGCCGUGUUUUGGCCGCAGGGUCGCCCCCCGCCCCCCACCUCUUCCUGCAGCAUCGCCGUUAGGAAAUCCGGCCCGUGGCCAAGUGCAAUCGGACGUGUCUGCGUCUUCUUCCGCACCGCCGCCGGUACUCCGCAACAUCGGACAGUUUAUGAUUGCCGUCAGCUACGAGCUUGCUUACCGGCGAAAGCAGAUUGGCACUCCAGAAAAGCCGCUGUCUGACCUCGGCGCGGUGGCCUAUCAACAUUACUGGCGACGCGCACUCGUGCGGUGGAUGAAGGCAACGCUGAACGAGAUGCGGCGGGCAGCGGCGGUGGACGUGGACGGCGUCGCUGCUGUGGCUUCUUCAGAAAAGCGGAGAGAUGAGCAUCAACCUCCUGACGUCUCGCUGGACGUGGUGGCGGUGUUCACCGAAGAUGAAAGGAACGAGGCAGACAACAGUGACGGUGGUAAUGGCAAGACUGGGCGAUGGGGUUUCGCUGCGGGCACGCGGAAACGCGCUCGCAGGGCUGCUGCUGCUGCUGCUGCUGCGGCGGCGAAUGUUGUAGAAGUUGGUGAAGACGACGACGCGGAAGUCGCGGAGGGCGACGAGAAUCAUGACGAUGACUACACGAGUGCAGGCAACGCGAGACGACGUCAGCUGCCUGCGCCGUUACCCAUGUGUGCGUCUCCUACGAAGCCUGCAUGGAACGCGGCGGCCAUCGACAACGAGUCCUCAUCGCCAACCACGUUUACAGGUCGGACCACCAUCAAAGAGAUUGCCGCCGCUGUGCGCCUGGAGGAGGCAGACGUGCUCAAGACGCUGCUGGGUUUGGGUGUGUUGCACCACAGCAGCGAAGAUCGGAGUAUUCAGCUUCUCCUUCCUCAACGGUACGUGGACUGGAUGUACGAUGAAAUGCUCCGGUGGGAGGGCAGCGCGACGCACGCGGUGUUUGAACCUGCGUUGCUCAGGUCACGCGGUCGAACGAAAUAG